AUGGUGACUUGCCAUACUGUCUCUUCCUCCCUCACCUGGAUCGGUGUCAUGAUCAAGUCAAGGAGACUGGAGACGAGGAAGGAUGCCGGUGGCGGGCACGGCGUAAACCCGCGCCCAGAUGUACCACCACCACCACCACCACCACCACCACCACCACCACCACCGCCGCCGCCACCACCACUACCACAGCCACUACCACUGCACCACCACCACGUCCCCUGGUCCACUACAAACACCUGA